CCCACCCAGACUGUCUGCUCAGACCUGUAGGACUAUUUGGACACUCACCCAGACUGUCUGCUCAGACCUGCAGGACUAUUUGGGCACCCACCCAGACUGUCUGCUCAGACCUGACUAUCAGACUGUCUGCUCAGACCUGACUAUUUGCGUUCACUGCCACCUCGAUUCCCCACUCCAACCACCCAUUCACCAUCCAGUGACUAGAGCAGGACUUGGGUGCUCUUUAGUUUGAGGGGGUUCCGCCACUCUGCGGAGUCUGCCAGCCAUGGACUUCUGGGGAGAUAUUGUCAAUUUGAAGACCACCACAGCAGCCAAAGCUCCAUGUGUGGGGAACGAUGACGAGGCGGUGGUGGACCUGGGGAAGACUAGCUCCACCAUUCACACCAACUUUGAGAAAGAGGAGCUAGAGAGUCACAGAGCGGUCUAUGUGGGUGUCCAUGUUCCUCUGGGCAGAGAGACCAAACGGAGGCACCACCGCAGCCACCGCGGCCACAGACACCACCGCAAGAGGAGAGACCGCUCGGACCAUGAAGAUGGACGAGAGUCUCCUUCCUAUGACACCCCGUCCCAGCGUGUCCAGUUCAUCCUGGGGACAGAGGAUGAUGAUGAAGAGCACAUGCCCCACGACCUGUUCACUGAGCUGGACGAGCUGUUCUUCCGGGACGGACACGUCUACGAGUGGAGGGAGACAGCCAGGUGGUUAAAGUUUGAGGAAGACGUGGAGGAUGGAGGGGAGCGUUGGAGUAAGCCCUACGUAGCCACGCUGUCUCUCCACAGCCUCUUCGAGCUCCGCAGCUGCAUCCUCAACGGCACUGUCAUGUUGGACAUGAGAGCCAACACCAUUGAGGAGAUCGCAGACAUGGUGAUAGACAGCAUGGUGGCGUCAGCUCAGCUGGAGGAGGAGUUGAGGCAGAAGGUGAGGGAGGCCAUGUUGAAGAGACACCACCACCAGAACGAGAAGAAGCUCAGCAACCGCAUCCCUCUGGUGCGCUCCUUCGCUGACAUCGGCAAGAAACAAUCUGACCCACACCUGCUUGAGAGAAACGGCCUCCUGGCAUCCCCCCAGUCAGCUCCUGGGAACCUGGAGAACAGUAAACCGAGUGAGAGCCGCAUCAACGGAGGAAGCAGAGAGAACAGCACUGUGGACUUCAGCAAGGUGGACAUGAACUUCAUGAAGAAGAUCCCUCCUGGGGCGGAGGCGUCCAACGUGCUGGUGGGAGAGGUGGAAUUCCUGGAGCGACCAAUCAUAGCCUUCAUCAGGCUGUCACCCGCCGUGCUGCUCACUGGUCUCACUGAGGUGCCCGUACCCACCAGGUUCCUGUUCCUGCUGCUGGGUCCGUUUGGGAAGGGUCCUCAGUACCACGAGAUCGGCCGCUCCAUCGCCACGCUGAUGACAGACGAGGUCUUCCAUGAUGUAGCGUACAAGGCCAAAGACCGGAACGAUCUGCUGUCGGGGAUAGAUGAGUUUCUGGACCAGGUGACCGUCCUACCCCCAGGAGAGUGGGACCCUACGAUACGAAUCGAGCCCCCCAAGAGUGUCCCAUCUCAGGACAAGAGGAAAAUGCCCUCAUUGCCCAACGGCUCUGCCCAUAAUGAGUCCUUCAAGGAAGACCAGCACCAAGCAGGACCAGAGCUACAGAGGACAGGGAGGAUCUUUGGGGGCCUGGUGAUGGAUGUAAGGAGGAAAGCUCCGUUCCUGUGGAGCGAUAUUAGGGAUGCUCUGAGCCUGCAGUGCCUGGCCUCUGUGCUGUUCCUCUACUGCGCCUGCAUGUCCCCUGUCAUCACUUUCGGAGGCCUGCUGGGCGAGGCCACCAAGGGAAACAUCAGUGCGAUCGAGUCGUUGUUCGGGGCGUCUCUGACGGGCGUGGCCUUCUCCAUGUUUGCGGGCCAGCCACUCACCAUCCUGGGCAGCACCGGACCAGUCCUGGUCUUUGAGAAGAUCCUUUUCAAGUUCUGCAGUGACUACGACCUGUCCUACCUGUCCUUGAGGACCAGCAUCGGCCUGUGGACGGCCUUCAUGUGCCUCGUCCUGGUUGCCACGGACGCCAGCUCCCUUGUCUGUUACAUCACCCGCUUCACGGAGGAAGCCUUCGCAGCGCUCAUCUGCAUCAUCUUCAUCUACGAGGCCCUGGAGAAGCUGGUUCACCUGGGGGAACUCUACCCCAUCAACAUGAACAACAAGCUGGACAACCUCACCUUCUACAUAUGUCAAUGUUCUCCGCCGGUUAACGCCACGCCUGAGAUCCAGCAGGUCUGGAACCACAGCGGGGUCGCACCAGAAUCAAUAUCUUGGACCCAACUGGAUGUCGAUGAGUGUUCUAGGCUGCGUGGGGAGUUUAUUGGGCCAGCUUGUGGCCACCAUGGUCCCUACAUCCCUGACGUCCUCUUCUGGUCCGUCAUCCUCUUCUUCACUACCUUCUUCCUCUCCUCCUUCCUCAAGCAGUUCAAGACCAAGCUCUACUUUCCCACCAAGGUACGGUCGACCAUCAGUGACUUCGCGGUCUUCCUGACCAUCAUGAUCAUGGUCCUGGUGGACUACCUGGUGGGCAUUCCCUCCCCCAAACUGAAUGUGCCUGACCGCUUUCAGCCCACGUCUGAGAACCGUGGCUGGCUGAUCUCCCCGCUGGGGACCAACCCCUGGUGGACCAUGCUGGCUGCAGCCAUCCCUGCCCUGCUCUGCACCAUCCUCAUCUUCAUGGACCAGCAGAUCACCGCCGUCAUCAUCAACAGGAAGGAGCACAAACUCAAGAAAGGCUGUGGCUACCACCUGGAUCUUCUGGUGGUGUCUGUGAUGCUGGGGGUGUGCUCCAUCAUGGGCCUGCCCUGGUUUGUAGCGGCCACCGUGCUCUCCAUCUCCCACGUCAACAGUCUGAAGCUGGAGUCAGAGUGCUCGGCCCCCGGGGAACAGCCCAAGUUCCUGGGGAUCAGAGAGCAGAGGGUCACCAGCUUCAUGAUCUUCAUCCUCAUGGGCUGCUCUGUCUUCAUGACCUCGGUGCUCAAGUUCAUCCCUAUGCCAGUCCUCUACGGGGUGUUUCUCUACAUGGGUGUGUCCUCACUCAAAGGCAUCCAGUUCUUUGACCGUAUCAAGCUGUUCUGCAUGCCAGCUAAGCACCAGCCGGACCUGAUCUACCUGCGCUACGUUCCCCUGUGGAAGGUCCAUGUGUUCACCCUGGUUCAGCUCACCUGCCUGGUGCUGCUGUGGGUCAUCAAGGCGUCCGCCGCCGCCGUAGUCUUCCCCAUGAUGGUGUUGGCCCUGGUGUUUAUACGGAAGCUGCUGGACCUAUGUUUCACCAACAGGGAGCUGAGCUGGUUGGAUGACCUGAUGCCUGAGAGCAAGAAGAAGAAGGAGGACGACAAGAAGAAGAAAGCCAAGGAGGAGGCCCAGCGCAUGCUGGAAGUGGAAGAGGGCAUAGCACACCCCUGCGACGGGCCGGGCAUCCUCAAGACCCUCAAAGUCAGUUUGGACCCCUCUAUGGUAAACAUUUCUGAUGAAAUGGCCAAAACUGCCAAUUGGAAGUCUGUCUCCAUGAACUCUGACAGUGCCAAAGCUCUGAAACAUAGUGGCAGCCAGGUGAAGGUGUCCUGUGUGAAGAUAAACUUGGAGAAUGACCAGGGGGAGAAGUAUGGGGAUGCUGAGACCUCCUUAUGAAGGAGGGACGGGAGGAGCAGGGAGGGUGCCACUUCAGCCUCUAGCCCACCAGGUGGUGUUGUCCUCCUGUCCUCCCACACAGCAGGGGGCAGUGUCCUUCAUGGCCCUGUCCGUUGCCCUAACAGCUGCUACCAUACCAAUGCCAAGGGGGCACAAAGACACAACCACUUCUACUUAGCCAUGUUUCUUUAGUUCUUAUUGUGAAAUUAGUCAGAGGGAAAUUUGUCUUUUAAUUUUGUCAUCGUUUUAAGGUGAAAAAACAGUAACUUUAGAUUCAGGUGUGCCUUUUUUAAGGAACCACUUGGUCUUCUUGGAAUGACUUUCAUCAGGCUUUUUACCAACAUAUCCAUAGUCUCUGUGAUAUGGUGUACAGUCUGUCCUCGUAACACUUACUUCGAGGGCAAUGCAUUAUGAAUGCAUGUAGUGGCCUCUCGCCCUUAGUGCAUUAUAUUGGAAGAGUUGCUGUAAGCAUUUCAAACUUGUCAAGACUGUCCCCAGGUGGUUUAUAGGAAGCAGUAGGCCAAACAGCAGUCCAAGCACCCCGGGUGGCUUGACCACAACGACGGCUACUACUCACAGCACUCUAUCUGGCUCACUCUGAACAAUAGACACUUUCUGUUUGAAAAAGCAGGUGACGCUCAACAAAAGGUCCAAAUACAUUUGGAGCACAUAUUAGAUUUAAUGUGUGUGUGUGUGUGCACAUGGGGGUGUGUGUGUGUGGGCACAUGGGUGUGUGUGUGUGUGGGCACAUGGGUGUGUGUGUGUGUGGGCACAUGGGGGUGUGUGUGUGUGGGCACAUGGGGGUGUGUGUACAAGUGUAAGAAACUUAAGAGCAGCUUAAGAUGUCUUCACAAUAUCAGAGUCAUGUGUACGAUGUGCUGUUGAUUCAGAUUAUCAGUCACAGUAGGUUGAAAGGCAGAGUAUGUUCUGUCAACGUGAAUAUGACAGACCACAGCAUAGCCCAUAGUUUGCAGAAUAUUUCUUCAAUUAAUUGGCAAACAUCUCUUAUCUUAAACAAUCCCAAAUUGGAAACGGACUAUAACAAGAUAACGUUUCAAAAACAAAAUGUUCUCACAUUUCUCGAUUGAGCGGUCUUGUUAUUUUGGAGUAAUGGUGAGGGUAUUGCCUGCAGUGUCCAUACAUACAUAAUGGUGAGGGUAUUGCCUGCAGUGUCCAUACAUACAUAAUGGUGAGGGUAUUGCCUGCAGUGUCCAUACAUACAUAAUGGUGAGGGUAUUGCCUGCAGUGUCCAUACAUACAUAAUGGUGAGGGUAUUGCCUGCAGUGUCCAUACAUACAUAAUGGUGAGGGUAUUGCCUGCAGUGUCCAUACAUACAUAAUGGUGAGGGUAUUGCCUGCAGUGUCCAUACAUACAUAAUGGUGAGGGUAUUGCCUGCAGUGUCCAUUCAUACAUAAUGGUGAGGGUAUUGCCUGCAGUGUCCAUACAUACAUAAUGGUGAGGGUAUUGCCUGCAGUGUCCAUACAUACAUAAUGGUGUACUUGAAAGGAAGAAAAUAUGUAUAGAGUACGUCUAUGGAGGUUUCUAAAACUGAUGCCUUCUUUAGGGCAGGUUUAAAGCUGUUCAAUAGUGUUACUGUACAUGGCUGUGGUAGCCUGGGUUUAAUCUAGUGUAGUGCACCUGCACCAUGGAAGUCUUACCAGAGCUGUAGCCUCCCCUUGGUUAUGAUGACGUGGGGAAACCCACUUUUAUCCAUUUAAACGGUUUACAUCCAAUGGAAUAUUUUCUGUUAUGGGGUAUAUAUUUUAGAUUGUCUAUCUAUAUAUUUUUUAUCAUUAUUAUCUAUAUCAUUACAAAAUGUAAUGCGUUUUAAUUUAUUUUGAGUGUGUCAACAUUGCAGAGUUUGGGGGGGGGGGGCAGGAGGAGGGAGCAGUGUCGUUGUUUGUUGCUGGCCGGUAAUUAAUGUUCUUUAUUUCCUGUCUUUAUAUCUGUGCACUUUAGAUACGCCUGCCGCACAACGAGAGGGGUGGGCAGGCUAUAUGUACCUUUUUAUAUACAUGUAUCUAUUUAGAUCAGUCUCAGGAACCAAUGGGCUCAAUGAGGCCCUUGUCUCUCUCUCACCAUCUCUGUCAGUCUUUCUUUCUCUCCCUUUCUCCCCGUCACUCUCUUUCUGUGUCUUUUGUCUCUCUCUGUUGGCUCUCUCUCCCUCUCUGUUGGCUCUCUCUCCCUCUCUGUUGGCUCUCUCUCCCUCUGUGUUGGCUCUCUCUCCCUCUGUGUUGGCUCUCUCUCCCUCUGUGUUGGCUCUCUCUCUGUGUUGGCUCUCUCUGUUCUCUCUGUCUCUGUGUGUUGUCUCUCUUUCACUCUGUUGCUCACUGACUGACUCCCUCAUUGUCAAUCCACUUGUGUUGCUAGAAGAUGUUGCUGUGUGUUUCUCUGCCCCUCCCUUUCAGCUGUAAACCCUUUUUACCUAUUUGACACUGGACAACACUGUGAUAGGUGGGUUUCUCUGUGCUCUUCUUUUAUUGGCUAUUCUGUUGUAGGCAGUUUUGUAAAGAAAAAUUCUUAAUUAAUUUUGUCCCGUGGAUUUAGUGUUAAUGAAUAGCAAUGCUUUUGAUUGAUUAUCCAAUAUGUAUACUGUUACAGGAGUCCUACUGGGAAAGGCAUCAGUCUGCUGUUCAUGGCUCUUUGAGUUUAAUUCAUGAGUUUGAAUUAUGUGAUUGAAUUAGUUUUAUUUAAAUCUAUAGUGUUAUACAAAUAUGGAAUGAAGGUUAUGAAACAUUGGGUGUAAGUCGUACGGGGGCAAGAAUUUGUUUUGACUUCAAUAAAGAGGAGACUCCUCAAGUUCAAUAACUGACUGACCUCUUCCAUCUGAACACCUUGAUGAAAACAAACAGUCAUCGGUUUCAGCAGCUGUUUUGCCCUCUGGGUCAAUUAUGGGCCCCAUACUAUGAAUGUUGGAAAUUGCCGUACGUUCUCGUUCCUUCUGACUUUGUGCUUACCAGUGGUGUAAAAAUACUUUUAAAUAUUACUUAAGUCAUUUUUUGGGGUAUCUGUACUUUUCUUUACUAGUUAUAUUUUUUGACAACUUUUACUUCACUACAUUCCUAAAGAAAAUAAUGUACUUUUUACUCCAUACAUUUUCCCUGACACCCAAAAGUACUUGCUACAUUUUGAAUGCUUAGCAGAAUAGAAAAGGGCUAAAUUCACACACUUAUCAAGAGAACAUCCCUACUGCCUCUGAUCUGGCGGACUCACUAAACACAAAUUCUUAAUUUGUAAAUGAUGUCUGAGUGUUGGUGUGUGGCCUGGCUAUCUGUAAAUUUAAAAAACAAGAAUUGUACUGUCUGGUUUACUUAAUAUAAGGAAUUUUAAAUUGGUAUUACUUUUGCUUUGAUACUUAAGUAUAUUUUAGCAAUUACAUUUACUUUUGAUACUUAAGUAUAUUUUAAAACCAAAAUUUAAACUUUUACUCAAGUAGUAUUUUACUAGGUGACUUUUACUUGAGUCAUUUUCUAUUAAGGUAACUUUACUUUUACUCAAGUAUGACAUUUGGGUCUUUUUCCCAUCAUUGGCGUUGCCUUGGUGUGCAUUAUCUCUUGGUAGUUGAGUACUUAAGCAGGCUGGGACUAGGAAACGUGGCCUACUGGGGAGCUUGUUGUUAAGAGCAGUCCAAGGUGCGUUUUUCUCCGUAUCUAACCUACGCUGUACAACAAUAGAACACAGAAUAAACUGUCAGUACUGCUAUGUGUAACUCCUAAACCAGUGACGAUCACUGAGGACAGGCGAUCUUUCAGCACCGUGUGACUAGACAUUUCAGUCCUCUAUAAAGUGGCUUGGAUUGGCCUCAUGUUGCCAUUUGGUUUGAUAUCGGUGAAGUUUUUAAUGAAUUGUUCUUAAACUGUACAAUGAAUGGUAUCUGUACUAUUCUUAUGAGGUUGGGAUGGUGGGAACCGGGGGAUAAUGCAAAUGAACCCUUGAAUUUGUUUGUAAUGGAAAUGAAGUUGUUGAAGGAAAGCAAUAAAGGUUACUACAUUGUU